GCGGAACAAAGUUGCGUGAUACGCUCAGUGGGAGGAGGUUUGUGUUCAAGUCAGAGAAGGUAUUAGCGUGAACCCUGUCAACAAACUCACACACAGUGUGAUUCAUCACGUCUAUUAAAUGGACAUUUCUUGACAGAAGCCCCUUUAGUUCAAGAAAAGCGCUGUUUCUCGAGAAAAACAGAGUAAAUGUCAUCUGAGCUCUGACAACUGGAACCCUAAUUUAUGUUUUGUGGUGAGGCCAUGACUACUGUCAACAUCACCAGAGACAUCCUGCACAGGCAGAUCAGAGACAAGAGAGCAUCGGGCUUUCAAAGGGCCUAUCAUGUGACUGACCCCUUCAUCAAGAGACUUGGACUGGAGGCUGAGCUCCAGGGCCACACCGGCUGUGUGAACUGUCUGGAAUGGAAUGAACGAGGAGAUUUACUGGCCUCAGGCUCAGAUGAUCAACAUGCCGUCAUCUGGGAUCCAUUCAAGCACAAGAAGCUUACAACUAUGCACACAGGUCAUGCUGCCAAUAUAUUCUCUGUAAAGUUCCUCCCUCACUCGGGGGAUAGGAUAUUGGUAACGGGCGCAGCCGACACAAAGGUCCAUGUGCACGACCUGACGGUGAAGGAAACCAUCCAUAUGUUUUCAGAUCAUACCAACAGGGUCAAACGCAUCGCAACAGCACCCAUGUGGCCCAACACCUUCUGGAGCGCUGCGGAGGAUGGCAUCAUCAGACAGUAUGACUUGAGGGAGAGCAGCAAACGCUCCGAGGUGCUGAUUGACCUGACAGAGUUCUGUGGUCAGCUGGUAGAGGCCAAGUGUUUAGCUGUCAACCCACGGGACAACAACUACCUGGCCGUGGGAGCCAACGGGCCUUUUGUUCGCCUUUAUGACAUCAGGAUGAUUCACAACUACAGGAAAUCUGUGAGUCAGGGCACAUCUGCAGCUGUGCACACAUUCUGUGACAGGCAGAAACCCAUCCCAGACGGAGCCGGGCAGUAUUAUGUUGCAGGUCACCUGCCAGUUAAACUCCCAGACUACAAUAACCGCCUGAGAGUCCUGGUGGCCACCUAUGUCACCUUCAGUCCAGAUGGUACCGAGCUACUCGUUAACAUGGGCGGAGAACAGGUCUACCUGUUUGACUUGACAUUUAAACAGAGGCCAUACACCUUCUUGCUUCCAAAAAAGUGCCAGACAUCAACAGGAGAGGUACAGAAUGGAAAGACAACUAAUGGUGUCGCCAAUGGAAUUCACUUGCCAACCAGCCAUAUCCGCUUUGCCGGAAGCAAGCUCUGCUCUAGUUCUGCUGAGCUCCCCCCUCACUUGGAGAAGAUCAAACAACAAGCCAAUGAUGCAUUUGCGCGGCAACAGUGGACGCAGGCGAUCCAGCUGUACAGUUUAGGCAUUCAUCAAGCCAGCUCCAACGCCAUGCUGUACGGGAACCGUGCUGCGGCCUACAUGAAGCGCAAAUGGGAUGGAGACCAUUACGACGCCCUCAGGGACUGUCUGAAGGCUCUUACGCUGAACCCCGCUCAUCUGAAGGCUCACUUCCGACUGGCACGGUGCCUCUUUGAGCUUAAGUACGUGGCUGAAGCUCUGGAGUGCUUGGAUGAUUUCAAAGGAAAGUUUCCGGAGCAGGCGCACAGCAGUGCCUGUGAUGCCUUGGAUAAAGACAUCAAGGCUGCUCUCUUCACUAAGACAGAAUCAGCGGACGAUAAGAAGUCCAACAGCUCAAUUCGAUUCCACUCAUUCAGUCGGAAGGAGUCCAUCCCUGAGGACGAGUUGGUUCUGAGAGAGCGCAGCUUUGACUACAAGCACAGAUACUGUGGUCACUGCAACACUACCACUGAUAUCAAAGAGGCCAACUUCUUUGGAAGCAAAGGCCAGUACAUCGUCAGUGGCUCAGACGACGGCUCCUUCUUUAUCUGGGAAAAGGAGACAACGAAUCUUGUGAGGAUCCUACAGGGAGACGAGUCCAUAGUCAACUGCCUGCAGCCCCAUCCCAGCUACUGCUUCCUGGCUACCAGUGGUAUUGACCCUGUGGUUCGAUUAUGGAGCCCCAGAGCAGAGACAGAGUGUGAGAACGGGCGAGUGGUGGAGGACAUGGACGGUGCUGCUCAGGCGAACCAGCGGCGCAUGAACGCUGACCCGCUGGAGGUAAUGCUGCUCAACAUGGGCUAUCGUAUCACAGGCCUACGUGGCGUCGGCCCCGAUGGCUCGGAUGACGAAGACAGCUCAGAGGGACAAGUUCAGUGUCGGCCAAGCUAAACAAACUGUCAGCCAUUCUAUAGAAUGGAUAUAGGAAGCAGAUCACUCUCCCAGCUCCUGUUUGAAUCUUAAUUUACCCCCCCUUCUGACAGAAACAUUGAAAGAAUGUCAUGUCACAUCUCUGCACUAUGCAUCGCCCUCCCCUGUCCAAAGAGAGGACUGGUGGAGACUACAUUUGGGGAGAGGAUUUCAUGCAGGGUGGAGAAGACACCCAUCUCGCCCCUUCAAAGCACCGACAACACCUCAGCCUCUCCCUCCACCCCUGUGAUGGCGGCGGCGGGGAGGGGACACCUUUUGAGGAGAGAGCACCUUCCACUUCACUCCCCAGUUUCUCACGAAGAAGGAGGAGUUCAGCACUUAUCCCUCCUCAGGUUUAUGUUGGAGAGACACACAACACGUCGAAGGAGAGUCCUGCGGUCAGGCGACCAAUUUUCAGGUCAAAGUGGCCACACAGUCACAGUUUCCUCCGUGGAGGAUCGGAUCAGAGACCAGAAGACGGUGCUCUGUUGCAUCUCUGGUCUGCCCCACAGUCCGAGCUAAGAGUCUUAGUGCCCGCUCAUCUCAGAAAAAGGCUGCACACCCAAGUCAUCGAUUCUGAGUUAGACCUGAUCAUAUUUUCAGUUGGAGUUUUGGUCACAGGAAGCCUAGAAUGAAUUGUCACUCGCCAAGUUGUGAAAGUUGCACAUGUUGCUCCAAUGAAAUGUAUUUAUGAGCUUUGUUUAGUUUACAACUAUUGGAAGAAAAAAAAACAGCAAGCGGUUUCUUCUGCCAAAGGUUGUCAUCGACCAUUUUAAUGGCCAAGGAUUAAUGUUUGUUUUCUUUGUUUCAUUGAAACAUAAUUUUGGCAUACUGUGCUCCUUUUAGUUAAGAGGUUUUACUACAGUAGGCUGUUGACAAGAUCAACAAAAAAAUAUUUGUAAAAAAACAAAAAAAACACUUUCUAAUACAGCUUUUUGUUUUACAUCAAGUCCCCAAUGAUUGCAAAUGUUUGGUGUGAGAUGUCAGUGUGAAGCUUCCGUUGGGUAUAAGUGGGACACAGAUGCUAAUUUGUGGUAUAUGGCAACUGAUGUGCUAAAUAUUUGGCAGCGAUGAGAUUCCUGCCUAAUAGCUGCAUGGCUCCAUCACCUGCUGCAGUCAGGUGUUCAGCCCUGCUGGCAUAAGGCUUUUUUUUUUCUUUUUUUUUUUUGACCAUAGUUGUGGGCAGAAAAAGGACACAGAGCCAUCCUAUCCAUUAAGUCAGAGAACGGCUUAUUUGCUCUUUUCUUUGCCCCCAAACAUGGUAAAUGUUAAGGAAGGGGUCUUCAACAACAUGCAACACUAGGCUUCCACAUGUUUUACUUUGUUCAUGAAUUUGAAUCACACUGUUUUUCUUUGAGGAAUCCUAUAAUAACAUUUGUUGCAUACAAAGCAAAGAAUAAAAUUAUUGAACACCG